CGUCAAAAUGAGAACCACCGCAUUGCUGUGUCUCGCUUCGCUGUUCGUUGUCGCGUCUACCAUGCCUCCAUUUGGGGGUUAUGGUAGCUACGCGCCCCCUAGUGGUUAUGGCAGUAGUUACAUGCCUCCGAGUGGUUAUGGCAGUGGUUACGUACCUCCGGGUGGUUUGGGCAGCUCGAACCCGGCAAGUGGCUAUGGUAGUUUCACGGUCCCUGGAGUAACCUCGCUAUUGCCGUCCCCUGUCAAGACGGUAGCCAAAGUUAAGACUGCUAUUUCUUCCUUGGGCAAGAAGGUCUUGCCUCUACUCAAAUCACCCACAAACACGACCUCUGCAAUGGCUUCAGCAAUCAAGAAAUACGUCACUGCUGCUAAAACUCUUGCUUCACCGUUCCAACCCGGCCUGGAAUACUGAAACUCAGUUUUAUAGUGCUCUGUGUAAUACAUAGUGAUUGAAGUUUCAAAACUAUA